AAAAAAACUUAAUUCACUCAACUCGCCUCCAUCCGCUCAGAUUUACCAUGUCUCUCAAGCGCAAGGCUUCGUUCCCAAGCAUUGCAUCUCCGCAAUCUGCUCAGGGCUUCAUCGGUCUGCCAUCUAUGGAUGACAGCCCCAGACAUCUCCACUGUCGCACAAGGAAGCGCGUGAGAAAUGACCGCCCCGAUGACCAAACCGUAUAUCAAAACACUCUCCGCUUGCUGUUCACAGCCCAGCAACAAGCCCAGCAGGUUUCUACCCCACCGGCAAAUCAAGAUGAGGACAUGGAAACAGACACCCCAGCCCCUGCCGCCGACAGCCGUCAACAGAUAUUGCUUCAAUUCUUUCGUCCUGCCCAAACUACUCGCCAGCUCUGUCCUUCCACGCCCAUAAGCCAAUUCUCGAGCGAAGUCUUGCAAGGUGGGAACGUCUUCCCGCAAGGCCCCGGCUUUGGCGGCGCCUCGCCACUCACCUCGAAAGACGGCGACGCGAUGACACUCGCUCCUCAACCCGUUGACCGAGACAUGGACAUCGAUAUGGAAACGGAGAGUAACGAGUCAAGCCCCGCGCCCAGGCAGUGGACAGGGCCCGUUGGAUGGAUGUGAUGUGUCUACGAGCCGGUUUGCUCGAUAUUAUACUUGCUCUAUACCCUGGUCCCACGAAUGCGGACCCCAUGUCUUGCUGUUUUCCCCUCUUACUUUUUUUGGAGCGUUAUGUUUGACCCAGGUGCCAGUGAUUGCUGGCGAUCAUUAGCGGUGCUGUGGUCCCUCUUAUACGGUGCUUCGCUUGUUCUGAAGCCCUUCCUUGGCGAAUUAAGCUACUGAGUGAGUGUCAAAUUGUGACACGGCCGUGUACAUAUUUAAUGUGUUGAGUUCCUAACGGGUUAAAUCCGUUCCCCUGUCUGUACAGCUUCUCACAAUAUAGCGGGGCAGAUAAUUAUACCAAAACUUUGUACUUGAUCGGCAUCGUAAGCUCAAGGUCAAUACUCUGGAGACUAGAGU